GAAAUAUCGUUUAGUGCGCAACCAUCACUGACAAACGGUGACAUCGCUAAUAAAGCUGCAAAAAAUACAGCACAGUUGUUAUUUUCGAUAGCAGAAAUUCUAAAGUGUAUAAUUCUGGAAUUGUGCGAUAAGGAACCCUGAAAUUAGAGCAGUAAAAUGUUCAAUGGUUCACCGCAUCCACAUAAGCCAGCUCAUCCGUUCUGAUUGGCCAAGUUCAAAGUACACAUUCAGCAUCCGCAGCAGAAAAUUCCGCAAUCUUGAGUCAUGGCGUGGAUGGCCUUUGGAGCCCUAGCCUCCGGUUUCGUUCUACAGCGCCUGCUGGGUGGCGAUCAGCCGGCCAAUAAGGUCUUGGAGGUCAAGAGCGAAUCGCUGGGAACGCUUCAAGUCCUGGCUCGCGAUGACGCCAUGGUCCUCUUUGCACCGCCCUUUAACAGCAAUGACAAGCGAGCCGUCUAUGAAAUCAUUUUGCAGCGACCCACCUCGGAUUCCAAUACCACAUCCUUUAGUCUGUACCGGUCGCCGGUGCAGCAGGAAGCCGAGGAACGCUUCAAUGCGUUUCUGCAAAGGCUGCCCGUCUUCGUCAGCAUUGUCAAAGAGUACUAUAAUGUAAAUGGCCUGCAGAAAGCUUGCGACGCCUUGGCGGAUAAUCCCUCCUGGACGCUGUCCCAUUUAAUUGCCUACUUCAACCUGGUGGACUACAUCAGCAAUCCGAAGAUGCUCCAGUGCGUGGACCAAGCAGAUGCCACCACUCUAAUGUCGCCUUUCCAGUUGGCCAUCAAACAGGGCCACAUAGAGAUGGUGAAAGUCCUGCUGCCGCUGAGCAAGCUAGAACACUUGGAUAUUAACAGCAACUCGGUGUUUCACUACGCCGCUAGCACCACCAAAGAGAUUAUCAAUCUUAUCACGGAUAAAAGCACGGUAAAUCUGAAUCAUCUCAACUCCGAUGGUUACACACCACUUCAUGUCGCGUGCCUCGCCGACAAGCCAGAGAAUGUGAAGGCACUGCUGCUGGCUGGGGCCAAUGUCAAUCUCAAUGCCAAGAACAUCCGCAAAGUGUACAAGACAUCCGCACCCACUACGGUGUCCUCUUUUCUGCGCACCAAUGUUAGCAAGCUGUACACACAAGACAUGAAAUAUGGCGGCACUCCUCUGCACUGGUGUUCCUCCCGCGAAACCCUGCAUGCCCUCAUCAUGGAGGGGUGUGAUGUCAAUGCCACAAACUUUGAUGGACGGACAGCACUGCAUGUGAUGGUGGCUAGGAAUCGCUUUGAGUGCGUUGUCACCCUACUGGCCCACGAUGCGGAGAUCGAUGUGCUGGACAAAGACGGUAAUGCAGCUUUGCACAUUGCCAUUGAAAAGAAACUAGUGCCGAUCGUUCAGUGUCUCGUGGUCUUUGGGUGUGACAUCAAUCUGAAGAACAAGGAUGGCAAGACACCACGUCACAUGGUUGGCAAUGAAACUUCUACCAAUAAGGAAGAUGAAAUCCUCUACAUCCUGCACUCUGUGGGAGCCAAACGCUGUAAGGAGACUGGCUCAAAGUGUCCGCCAGGCUGCAAUGCCAAAGGCACCUACAACGGCAUACCGCCAGAGGCACCGGAAUCCGUGGAGCAGCGCGAGCAUAUAGAAAACAUGCUUGCCACCACCAGCCGACAAAUGAUGGGUGGUUUUCUGAACGCAGCGGCCAAUGGAAUACUGGAGAAGCAGCAGCCGGAGCAAAAGCCAGUGGUUGUCGAUACUGAGAAAGAAUUAAAAGGCCAGAGUAUAAUGGAUGCCCUGCUCGGCAUGUUUACAACCAAAGUGAAUGCAGAUGAGAUGAAGAAGGACAACUCGUCGGAUAGUUUGGCCAGUGGUUCGGCAAAAUCAGCUGUGUCCAGUCCAGAGCAGCUUCCUUCACCCACCUCGCCUAUUUCCGCUGAAAUCGGCGAUAAACCCUACGGACGCGGACGCCUGCUCUGCCUGGAUGGUGGUGGCAUUCGUGGUCUGGUCCUGGUACAGAUGCUGCUUGAAAUAGAAAAACUGUCGCGCACUCCUAUUAUCCACAUGUUCGACUGGAUUGCCGGCACCAGUACUGGAGGAAUUCUCGCUUUGGCACUGGGUUGCGGCAAGACGAUGCGUCAGUGCAUGGGGCUCUACUUGCGCAUGAAGGAGCAGUGUUUUGUGGGCUCACGCCCCUACAACAGCGAGUUUUUCGAGUCAAUUUUAAAGGACAAUUUGGGCGAGUUUAACGUCAUGACGGAUAUUAAGCACCCGAAGAUCAUGGUCACCGGUGUGAUGGCGGAUCGCAAGCCCGUCGAUCUACAUCUAUUUCGCAACUAUACGAGUGCUAGUGACAUUUUGGGCAUUGUGACUUCCAUAAACAACCGAAGAAUUCCUCCUCCGCAACCAAACGAACAAUUGGUUUGGCGUGCUGCUCGGGCUACUGGAGCUGCGCCCUCCUAUUUCCGCGCCUUUGGUCGCUUUCUGGAUGGCGGCUUGAUUGCCAACAACCCGACGCUGGACGCAAUGACCGAGAUUCACGAGUACAAUAUGGCCUUACGCAGCGCUGGACGCGAAGCAGAGGCCAUACCUGUAUCCGUGGUAAUGUCACUGGGCACGGGUCAUAUUCCGGUGACUGAACUUAAGGACAUUGAUGUCUUCCGACCGGAGAGCAUCUGGGAUACGGCCAAACUGGCCUACGGAAUCUCCACUAUUGGCAAUCUACUGGUGGACCAGGCCACCUGCUCCGAUGGAAGAGUGGUAGAUAGAGCUCGCGCCUGGUGCAGCACCAUAGGCAUACCGUACUUCAGGUUCAACCCUCAGCUCAGCGAGGACAUCGCCAUGGACGAAAAGGACGACCAAAAACUAAUCAACAUGCUGUGGCACACUAAGGCGUAUAUGCACGCCAAUCGGAAUAAGAUCAUAGAGAUGAUCAAUUUCCUAAAAUAGCAUGCCAGACGGAUUUAGACCGCAUUUGCUGUAGAGAUCUCUUAUCAGAGGGAUCCUUUCGAUUCAUGUCUGUGUAUUUUAGACUCGUUUCACCUUCUUCGUUUUUAUUAAGCACCUUUUCUGCGGUCUAAAUCAGCUCACCCGCUGGGACUUCCACUCUCAAUAACACCGAAAUCCUCCCACCACCUGGCUCCAAAACAGAAUCUGCAUGUUUCCACACCCAAACACCUAUUUUUUUUAUAUUCUGAGGCUUUAUCUCCAGGAUACCAAACGAAAUACGCUUUGUAUAUUGUGUUAUUGGACCAAAGAAGGUACCAUAUCAUCACAUUAAUUUCGAAAAUCUUUUAUUUUGUAUAUUAUAAUCGGCCAUG